AUGUCGAACAAAGAACCACAGGUGACUAUAAGAAAAGCAGGAAGAGACGAUGUCGAUUUUAUACUCUCGGACGUGGAUCUGUCGCUUGCCAACUCGAUUAGAAGAACGAUGUUGGCGGAGGUGCCGACUCUUGCAAUUGAUUUGGUUGACAUUAAAAGAAACACUAGUGUUUUGGCAGACGAGUUUUUGGCACACAGAUUGGGACUAGUCCCACUCGAAAGUGAGGACAUCGACCAGCUCAAGUACACAAGAGACUGCACGUGCGAGGAUCACUGCGAGAAGUGUUCAGUGACAUUGCAAUUAAAGGCCAGAUGUGACUCAGACGAGACGAUGAACGUCUACUCGAGCCAUUUGGUGGUCAUCAGUGCAAACACAGGCCUGAAUUUGGGCCAGCCGGUGAUCAGGGACCCCCAGAAGAAGGGUGUGCUUAUCUGCAAGUUGAAAAGACACCAGGAGUUGAAUAUUGUGUGCAUUGCAAAGAAAGGAAUAGCAAAAGAGCAUGCGAAAUGGUCUCCAUGUUCGGCAAUAGGUUUUGAGUACGAUCCCUGGAACAAGCUCAGGCAUACCGAUUACUGGUAUGAGGAGGAUGAGGCCAAGGAGUGGCCCAAAUCGGCAAACUGCGACUGGGAGGAGCCACCUGUCCCCGGUGAGAAAUUCGACUACAACAAAAAGCCAACCAGAUUCUACAUGAAUGUCGAAACGACCGGCGUGUUGAAGCCCAACGAGGUUUUCUCUAAAGGCUGCACCGAAUUGCAGAAGAAGGUGGCCAAUAUUGUCUUUGAACUUGAUAAGCUGGACCACAAAGAGCGUGAACAGCAGAGAGAUGGGGCUGAGGAUGGAUAUGCUGCUGUGGGUGAUGGAAAUAUGCAGGAUGAUGCUGCAUUUGGCGACAUGGAGUCUUCGGGAAGAUGGUGA